GCCUUACUUCGUGAAUUAUUGAACAUAUUCUUCUACCGCACGGAGCAAUUUCAUACGUCUUUCAAACUUCGCUUCUCCUCAGUUGCCGAACGCAAAGUAGCAAAUAAUAUAAUAGACGACAUACGUUAUGCGUGACAGGUCAGAGAGGCGCCUAUUAGGCGCCCUCUUUCCGUUGGCACUGCUAGCUUUUGCCAGCGCAUACUACGUGCCUGGCACUUACCCAGCGGAGUUCAAAGUUGGAGAACCCCUGCAAGUUCAUGUCAGUACUUUGACAUCGUUUGAUACGGAGCUGCCCUAUGAGUACUACACGAUGCCUUUCUGCAAGCCUGCGGAGGGCGUGCACCGGAUUGCCAACGCUGCGAACCCGGGGACCAUCUUGGAAGGCAUCCGGAUAGAGAACUCGCCAUACAACUUUUCUAUGAAGGUCAAGCAAACGGGCCUUAAGGCCUGUCCAAAGGGGUCGUAUGGGCCGCUUACAGGCCAUGAGGUCAAGACCCUUCAGCGGCUGAUUGACCAGCACUACCGGGUCAACCUCAUCUUGGACAACCUGCCGGUCACCGUGUACGACCUGCUGGAUGAGAAGAACGAGUUCCUGCGUCCGGGCUUCGAGCUGGGCUUCAAGCGCGACGGCAAGUACUACAUCCACAACCACCUCGUCUUCAACGUGCUCGUCUACAUGACGCACGGGGAGUACACCGCGGCUCGCGACUCCUACGCCAAGUCCCUCACCGUGGACUCCCUGGACACCCGCCACCACCGCCACCUGCUCCGGAACCCCCACCAGAACAGCCGGGCCCUGCUGGGAGGCGACUCGGAGGCUGCCUCCGCCGCCGCUACUGCCACUGCCAGUGCAGAGGGUGCGGAUGGUACGGCAGCGGCGAGUACGGCAGAGGCGGGCAACCCGCCGUACUACAUGGUGGUUGGGUUUGAGGUGUCGCCAUGCUCCAUCGCAAGGAAGGCAGGCGCGGAGAUUGAGGAUAUCGUGUGCGGCGUGGAUGAUAAUUCGCACAUCACGCCUCAGGAGAUCAAGGAGGGCGCCAACAUCGUGUACACGUACGACGUGUAUUGGCAGGACAGCAAGAUCAAGUGGGCCUCGCGUUGGGAUGCGUACCUGCGCAUGCCGGGCGGCAAGGUUCACUGGUUCUCCAUCGUCAACAGCCUGCUGGUGGUGCUGGUCAUGGCAACCAUCGUUGCCAUGAUCCUCAUCCGUACAGUACGGCGGGAUCUCUCAAAGUACGAGGCGCUCAUGGUGGACGGCUCGGCGCCCGGCGGCGGCGCCGACCCACGGGACGAGGCGGGCUGGAAGCUGGUGGCGGGUGACGUGUUCCGCUCGCCUGCCAGGUCGUUCAUGCUGGCAGUGCAGGUUGGCACCGGCGUUCAGAUCCUGGCCGCCUCCCUGGUGACUCUGGUCCUCGCAACGCUGGGCUUCCUCUCCCCCGCCGCCCGGGGUGCGCUGCUGACCGCCGGCAUCGUCUUCUUCGUGCUGCUGGCGGGCCUGGCGGGCUUCACAGCGGUGUACGUGUGGGGGCUCAUGGAGCGGUCCUUCAACAACUGGCAGGGCGUCGCUGCGCGUGUGGCUGUCUACUACCCCGGCCUGAACCUCCUCAUCUUCACCAUCCUCAACCUGGCCAUCCACCACACCGGCUCCACCGGCGCCAUCCCCCUCGGCAUGUACUUCUCCCUCGUGGGCACCUGGUUCCUGGUGGCCACGCCGCUCACCUUCAUCGGCGGCAUGCUCGCAGUCCGCGUCCCGCUCCUGGACUGGCCCGUCAAGACCAACCAAAUCCCGCGUCACAUCCCGCCUGCACCCCUGGCGGCCUCGCCGCUGCUGCUCUUCCUGGCGGCGGGCGUGCUGCCGUUUGGCACCAUGUUUAUUGAGCUGUACUUUGCCAUGACAUCGCUGUGGCUGGGCUACUUUUACUACCUCUUUGGCUUUGUGCUGCUCAUUGGUGCGCUGACGUGCGUCAUCAACGCGGAGAUUGCGGUGCUGUGCACGUACGUGCAGCUCUGUGCGGAGGACUACUCCUGGUGGUGGCGCUCCUUCUACCGGGGUGCUAGCGUGUCGCUCUACAUUGGGGUGUACGCAGUGGGUUUCCUGGCCUCCUCGCUGUCCACCCUCACCGGCUUCAUUCCCGUCUUCAUUUACCUCUGCUACAUGUCGCUGUUUGUGAUGGCGUUCUACUAUGCCAUGGGCACACUGGGUUUCGGAGCUAGCUUGUGGUUUGUGUACAGCAUAUUCAAGGCGGUUAAGGCGGAUUGAGGGACGAGAGGGAUUCGAAGAGAGUUAGAAAUGGAAAUGAGAGGAGGUUGGGAUACACGCCAGUCGUUUGUUGGGCUCCUACUCCUGCAAUGCCAGGCAGUUGGGGACAGCUGGCAUUCCUGGUGACUAGGCCCUCAUUCUUGCGCAUGCAGUAAGACCUGAUGAGCAACUCAUGACACGCAUCGUCCGGGGCUCGGGCAUGGUCACUACCGCCGAUCUGGACUAGUGCUAUUAGUCGUAUACGGGUAUUGGGAACUUUAAGCUCUCGGACUUGCUGGGGCGUCGGAGGGUAGCUGACGACCCUAUGCUGCUACAGCAAGUCACCUUGGCACGUGUGGUGUUCAUCGGCAUGUAUGUCCGCAUCUUGUUGAAUUAUAGGAGAAGGCGUAUUUGAUGUCCUUAAGUCGCUUUGGUGACGAAUGUACGGACAGGCAGAGCAGUAAAAGGUAGUAGGGGUAGGGGAUGAGCGGACGACGACGUCUCGCUUGUGGUGCCUGCGUGUGGCCCUGGCCAUGCAGCCACUGCGUUGCCUGCUUCUUGGCUUCUGCAGUGUAAUGGCCCUUGGCAGCUGUCUCCUUUACGUUGCUGAACCUCUCCCUUCGGCAGUCUAAGUGAGCGUUACACCCUAUACAAUAAGCCUCUCGAGAUAGGUUAGGGGCGACACCCAGCACAGGACUGUCUGUGUGAUGUGGCGACGGGGAAAGGGAGGCAUAGGGAGCUGGCGAAUAGCCGUUACUUGGUGAAUAGAGACCGUGUAUUAAGGCUGCAUGCAGUGUAGAUGGGCAAUCGCGCAUGGAUCAGGUGGGUAAAGCGCGUCAUGAGCGAAGACAGUUACCAGGAGUGAAGAGGCACUCGUGCAGUUACCCCCCACAAGGCUGGCGAUUUACUUCAGGAUGGGGGAUCGAGGGCGCACAUACGGGGGCGUGCCGCUGUUUGGAUGCAGAACACUGCCGCACAUUGCUGCACAUGUAUAGCGGCCUGUUCCAGGACUUGAAAGGGCGUACGGCAAGCUAAUCCGGUCAAAGCGGUUGGUUCUUGCAUAGUGGCGCAGCAAAUCUGUGGGCAAUUGGCGUCUCUCCAUCAUAAGUCGCAUUGUUAUCGCUCUGUUUUGCGGCUCUCCCGCUUCUCGCUGCGGCUAUCUCUGAAAGUGACCGGCAUAGCUUAGUACACACCGGACGAUGGCAACUGUAGCUCCCCCAGCGCCUGCAUCAUUUGCUGAAGCUCGGCGAAAACGGGCUUUGGAGUCUCACCAAGCUCUAAGUAAAGCGUUAAAAGAACACCGGUUUGAUGAUGCUCUGGAGCACGCACGUACAGCUUUAGCCUUGGAGCCAGACAACAAGAUGAUCAAGGAGUUCUACAGACUACUGGAGGAGAAACAAGAAUUGGAUGAAACCGACGAUGAUACCGAUGACGAGGGGGCAGCCACGGGGAAGCCCGGGGAAGCGGCUGAGGCUACAAGCAGUGAGGACGACGACGAGGAUGAGGAUGGCUCGGACGAGGGUGAGGAGAGCGAGGAGGAAAGCAGCGAAGAGGACGAAGAGGAGAGUGAGGAUGUCGACGAAGCGGUCGCCAAGGCGCUCAGCGGUCUGCGGCUGGGUGAGCCCGAGGCUGACCCCGACCAGCCGCCCCCGCCGCUGCUGUCCGCUGCCACUCGCGGCGCCAUGCGGGCCAAGCUGGCCGCGCAGAUCAAGGAGCUGAAGCAGGGCGAGAUGGCGGCAAAGCUGAUGGCUGCCGACCCGCUUCUGGGAGCGUGAGCAGGGCGACGACCACCGUACGGGGAGGAAAAGAAGUGAGGCACUGUAAUCCCAGCGCCUCGGGGAAGGUGCGGGAAAGAUGAGAGCGAUUAAGGGAGACUGGAGAGGGGGUGGUGAGCGGGAAGAGGUCGGAAUUGGAUGUGGGCAGUGAGGAAGACAAGGUGGAGCUGUGAAGGUUUUGUUGGGAGGCACGAGGUACGCUGUCCUUCGGGUGUUGCCUGGGGACUGACGGUCCCGACUCGCAUGCAGGCUGCGUGCGCCACGUUUGGGGCGAAGACGGGAGGAGAGCGUACGGCACUUACCCGGUGUGUUAAAAUGACUGGCCGCGAGGCGGAACUGUGCCUCUCCCCAGCAAGGAUGCAAUAGGCAAGGGGUCAUGUGCUGCCGCUUGCAAGCGGCCGCAGAAGGGGAGGAGUCCUAGCUGGCAGCUAGGCAAUCUGCAUGCGCGGAGCGGGGCUACCUGCAAUACCGCGAGCGCACUUCCGGUCAGAGGACGCACGUCCGUGUUGUUUAAUAGCGCGCAUGGGUGGCACUCGUGCGGUUGUUCAGGGCAUGGAACCGAAAGGUGGGCAAGGGCAAUGCGAGCAGAGCGCGGCGGUUUGCGAGCGUACGCGUUGCGGUGAUUCGAUGUGGCCUCUGGGUAAGAGGUGGUUUGACCGCGUGUUGGUAGGCAACUAAAUUCCAGCCUGCGUAGGAUGCCCUGUUAGAAGGAUGGGGCUUACUGGACGAGCGAGGGACGUUUAGCCUCAGCUGUGCCACGGCGGGUUGCUACGAGCACUGGGGGCUUUGGGAAGAAGCACAUCCAGAACGGGGCCCGGCCGUUGGAUUCACGCGGCUGGGCGGUAAAGUGCUGAGAUGCAGCAAAGGUCUGCUUACGGCCGCGCCGGCUUACGCCGGUGCAUUUGAGCAGUGGUGGCGCCAUAUACUUAAUGUGUACACGAGAUGGUCCCCACUUGCGGCCAGUUCUCUUAGUAAACGAGGUAACCCACACGCGCC